GUUUAGUGAUCUUCCAUGUCCGUUCCUCUUCAUCGAUCAACUACAAUAGACUCAUACACUCUCCGUUUAAAUCCAUGGCAAAGGCUACGUUCAAUGAAAGAUCAGAAAUUUUGAAGCAAGCCAGUGUGGAAGCAUCCGAAGAUACGAGUGUUGGUGGUGUGAAAAUGAAUCCUAUAUCUACAAUAAGUGAUUCAUUUCAAAAGGAACCAAGCUUUGAUCCUAGUAAAUAUCCAAAACCUGGAGAGUUCUUUGCUGCUUAUGAAAGAUUUCUAUUUGCUCAACGAGAAUGGCAGAAGCAGAGUGGCACUUUUGUCAAAGAAACAUACAAGUACCAACCGCCAUCAAGGCGACCAGAACUUCCAGGGAAGAGAAGGGGUGUGUACAAGCAUACUUAUAAGGAUAGUAAUCUUAGUUCCCUGAUUGCUUCAGAAAACGAAACCCUCCUUAUUACUGAACAAAGGAACAAUGUUAACACUGCAGACAGAGAAGUGAAUGAUUCAAUCCCUGGCGCAGACGAGAAUAAAUUAAAAGAUAUUUUGACUGAGUUGCUUGCAUGCUCUCCGGAUGAGCUUGAGGGGGAUGCUGGUGUCAAGCUUUUGGAGGAAAAGUUAAAGAUAAAGCCUAUUGAUAAAGAAAUGCUUUCUCUCCCUGAACUUCCUGAGUUUCCUCCAGAUCUCAGAAGAAUGGAGUUUAAGACAAGGUCCAUUGAUAAGCAAAGGGUCAAAGGGAUCAAAAGUGAUUUCAACAGCUCUAUGCAGAAGAGUUCCUGUGAAGUUGGUUCUGAUAUGCAGACGAAUGAAAAUGUGCUCAUGAAUGUAAGUGAAGCAAACAGAAACACUAGCAGACGAGAAAAGGAUGCUUAUAUCAAUGAAGAAACUGAACAGUUGGACAACAUGGCGAUUGAAUCUUUUGCCGUAGAAGAGGAAAACAUACCAUUUCAGCAAGUUUUUUUGCUUACAGGCGAAUCCUCGAAAUCUCCAAACACAACUCUAGAACAAUACAUUCAAGAACAAGAGGAGCACAUUCAAGAACAACAUGAAGAGGAAAAUGACAACACAGACACAGCUUCUGGACUUCAAGUUGCAAAUUAUCAGGAGGAGGAGGCUCACAACUCUUCACCUAAACAAGCAAAAAAAACAACAAAGGUGAAAAAACUAACACGUGAGGCUAAAGUGUUCUCCCGCAGGAACAGCCUUGCAGGUGCUGGUACUAAAUGGGAAAAUGGUGUCAGAAGAAGUACAAGGAUUAAGUCAAGACCACUUGAAUACUGGAGAGGUGAAAGAUUCUUGUACGGACGUGUUCAUGAGAGUUUGCCUACUGUUAUCGGCAUGACUUAUGAAUCUCCGGGGAAGGGCAAAGGCGAAACGAAUAAAUUAAUGAAUUUGGGUGCUGGUACUAAAUGGGAAAAUGGUGUCAGGCGAAGUACAAGGAUUAGGUCAAGACCACUUGAAUACUGGAGAGGUUUGCCUACUGUUAUCGGCAUAAUGUAUGAAUCUCCGGGGAGGGGCAAAAGCGAAGGCGAGCAUUGAAGGUGAAAUCAUUUGUAUCUGAUGUAUUACAAAUAGCUGGUUGAUUCAGUCGCCUUGUACUGAAGAACCAUAAUACCAUAUACUAAUCCUAGGGGAAGAGUGAUUAAAGCAAUUCCUCUUCAGAUUUUAACUCUGAUGGAUAUGAUUGUUUGGUGUUUGUUAUUGUCACUUUGGGUUCAAAAACCUGUCACUCUCUUUGUUUUGGAACGUC